CAGCUCCCGCCGGGAGCCGUGUGCCGGGGCCGGGCAGCGCAGCCCGAGUGCUCCCGUGACACACCGGAGGAGAGGUUUUCUGGCUGCCGCUCCCCGGGGACCGCCGCUGCGGGAGGGGGGCAGGUCCGGAGGUGUUGCGUGCGUGUGCGGGGGGAUGCGGAGCGCGUCGGGCUGAGGUUGUUCUGGCCCCUGGGAAGCGCUGCGAGAAGAGGCAGAGAGAGGCAGCGGGAAGAGGCAGGAGCAGCACUGAAGUACAGAGCAGCUGUUUCCGAAUACUCUGAUUCUUUUGGGUACCUCAAUGAACGUGAACAUGGAUUCUGUCACUGAAAUCUUCUUGAAGCUGCUGUUUCUCCUGUCUGUUCCUCACCGACACAUGGCACUGGCAGGGAAUAAAUAUAAUUGUGAUGCUCAGUUGGUGUCUGCUUUGCCUCAGUCAUCAUUCAGCAGUUCUUCAGAGCUGUCCAGCAGCCACAGCCCUGGGUUUGCAAGGCUUAAUCGAAGAGAGGGUGCUGGUGGCUGGUCUCCACUCGUGUCCAAUAAAUAUCAAUGGCUUCAGAUUGAUCUCGGCGAAAGAACCGAAAUUACUGCUGUUGCUACUCAAGGUGGUUAUGGGAGCUCAGACUGGGUAACAAGUUACGUUCUGAUGUUCAGCGACAGUGGAAGAAACUGGAAGCAGUAUCGUCAGGAAGAAAGCAUUUGGGCCUUUUCUGGGAACACCAAUGCAGACAGUGUCGUGUACUAUAAGCUCCAGCAUUCCAUUAAGGCCCGAUUCCUUCGUUUUGUGCCGCUAGACUGGAAUCCCAACGGCAGGAUUGGGAUGCGCAUCGAGGCGUACGGAUGCACGUACAGGUCUGAGGUGGUUGGCUUUGAUGGGAAAAGUUGUCUCAUUUACACAUUAAAUCAAAAACUCACGAAUGCACUGAAAGAUGUGAUUUCUCUGAAGUUUAAGACCAUGCAAAGUGAUGGAAUUCUCCUCCACAGAGAAGGAAAAAAUGGAGACCACAUCACCCUGGAAUUAACUAAAGGGAAACUGUUCCUGCUCAUUAAUUUAGGUGAUACUAAAACUCAUCCUUCUGAUGCCCAAAUUAAUAUUACCCUGGGCAGCCUUUUGGAUGAUCAACACUGGCAUUCUGUUCUCAUUGAGCACUUUAACAAUCAAGUAAACUUUACAGUGGAUAAACACACUCAUCAUUUUCAUGCAAAAGGAGAAUUCAGUUCUUUGGACCUUGAUUAUGAGCUCAGCUUUGGAGGGAUCCCAGUGCCUGGAAAAUCAGGGACAUUAUCACGCAGGAACUUUCAUGGGUGUUUUGAAAAUAUUUAUUAUAAUGAAGUGAACAUUAUUGACCUGGCCAGGAGGCAUAAACCUCAGAUCUACUUUGUGGGCAACGUGUCUUUCUCAUGUUUAGAGCCACAGGUGGUUCCUGUUACAUUCCUGAGCCCCAGCAGUUACCUGGCACUGCCAGGCAUGUCAGGGCAAGACGAGGUGUUUGUCAGCUUCCAGUUUCGCACUUGGAACAAGGAGGGACUUCUGUUAUCCAGCAAACUGCACCGGUCUUCAGGUGGUUUCCUCUUAUACCUGAGUGAUGGGAAAGUUAAAAUCAGUCUUCAUAAACCAGGAAGAGUGCUGAGUGACAUCACCGCAGGUGCUGGAUUAAACGAUGGCCAGUGGCAUUCUGUCUCUCUCUCUGUCAAAAGGAAUCGUAUCAGUGUGACGGUGGACAGUGACAUGACCUCAUCUGCUCAUGCCUCCACACCUCUGCAGAUUUUUUCAGGAGAUGUUUUCUACUUUGGAGGCUGUCCUAGAAGUGGAAAUGUUUCUGAAUGUAAUACCUCACUUGGUGGUUUUCAAGGAUGCAUGAGGCUCAUUUCCAUUGGUAACAAAGCAGUGGAUAUGAUCUCAGUUCAGCAGAAUGGUUUUGGCAAUUUCAGUGAUCUUCAGAUAGAUUUGUGUGGCAUUACGGACAGGUGUUUGCCUAAUUACUGUGAACAUGGUGGGAAGUGCUCACAAUCCUGGAACAGCUUCCACUGCAACUGUGCCAACACUGGUUACGAGGGAGCUACUUGUCACUAUCCCAUCUAUGAGCAAUCGUGUGAAGCCUAUAAGCACAGAGGGAACACUUCAGGCUUUUACAGUAUCGAUUCAGAUGGAAGUGGCCCCUUGGGACCGUUUCUCGUCUACUGUAAUAUGACAGAUGCGACGUGGACAAUUAUACAGCACAACAGCACCAACCUAACCAGAGUCAAAAGUGCCAAUCGAGAGAACCCACACACUGUGUUUUUCAAAUACUCUGCCAGCCUAGACCAGCUCCAGGCUACAAUUAACCAAGCAGAGCACUGUGAACAGGAGCUUGCUUACUACUGCAAAAAGUCGAGGCUCUUAGAUAAGCCAGAUGGGAUGCCACUGAGCUGGUGGAUUGGAAGAACCAAUGAAACUCAUACUUACUGGGGAGGUUCACUGCCUGCUGUCCAAAAGUGUGCUUGUGGAUUAGAGGGAAGCUGCAUCGAUUCCCAGCAUUCCUGCAACUGUGAUGCUGACAGGGAUGAAUGGACUAAUGACACUGGCUUCCUUUCCUACAAGGAGCAUCUACCAGUAACUGAAAUUGUGAUCACAGACACUGACAGACCAAAUUCUGAAGCAGCUUACAAACUGGGGCCUUUGCUUUGUCGUGGUGACAGAACAUUUUGGAAUUCAGCUUCCUUCAACACGGAGACAUCCUACCUGCAUUUCCCCACCUUCCACGGAGAGCUCAGUGCAGAUGUCUCAUUUUUCUUUAAAACUACUGCUUCCUCAGGAGUGUUUUUAGAGAACCUGGGAAUUCAAGACUUCAUAAGGAUAGAGUUAUACUCUCCAUCUGAAGUGAUUUUUUCAUUUGACGUUGGGAACGGACCCAGCGAAGUCACGGUGCAGUCACCCACUGCCCUAAACGACAACCAGUGGCAUUAUGUGAAGGCUGAAAGGAACGUCAAAGAGGCCUCCUUACAGAUAGAUCAGCUCCCUCAGAGAUCCCACAGUGCUCCUCCUGAUGGACACAUCCGCCUGCAGCUCAACAGCCAGCUUUUUGUAGGGGGAACAGCCUCCAGGCAGAAAGGAUUUUUGGGAUGCAUUCGUUCAUUACAGUUGAAUGGAAUGGCCCUCGAUCUGGAAGAGAGAGCGAAGAUAACACCAGGAGUUGAACCAGGCUGUCCUGGACACUGUAGCAGCUAUGGUAACCUGUGUCAUAAUGGUGGAAAAUGCAGAGAGAAACACAGUGGAUUCUCCUGUGACUGCACUUUCUCUGCCUAUGCUGGUCCAUUCUGUAAGAAAGAGAUCUCUGCCUAUUUUGGGACUGGUGCUUCUGUGACGUACAACUUUCAGGAAUACUACACGUUGACUAAAAAUUCCAGUUCUCAUGCUUCUUCUUUCUAUGCUGACAUGACACUGAACAGGGAAACAAUUACAUUUGCCUUUCGAACAACAAGGACCCCAAGCUUGCUGCUUUAUGUCAGCUCCUUCUACAAGGAAUAUCUCUCAGUCAUUCUCACCAGAAACGGAAGUUUACAGAUUCGGUACAAGUUAGACAGCCAUCAAGAUCCUGAUGUCUUCAGCACCAGUUUCAAAAGCAUGGCUGAUGGACAGCUGCAACACGUGAAGAUUAACAGAGAGGAGGAAAUGCUCUUUGUAGAGGUUAACCAGAAGGAAAGAAUGAAGUUUAUUCUGUCUUCAGGCACAGAAUUCAAUGCAAUCAAAUCUCUCACUCUUGGCAAGAUUUUAGAGAGCGGCGACGUAGACGAGGAGACGAUGAAGGCAAACUCUCAGGGGUUUAUUGGAUGUCUCUCUUCGGUGCAGUUCAACCACAUUGCUCCUUUGAAGGCUGCACUGCACCACAGCAGCUCAGCCCCUGUCAUUGUAAAGGGACAUUUCACUGAAUCCAACUGUGGGACUUUAGCUGGAGCUGACUCGACAUCAAGUGAAACAACCCAUUCAUUUGCAGAUCACUCUGGACCAAUAGAUGAAGGAAAGCCCUUAGCUAAUGCAAUCAGAAGUGACUCUGCAAUUAUUGGAGGUGUGAUAGCAGUUGUGAUAUUCAUCCUGCUUUGCAUCACAGCCAUAGCCAUACGCAUUUAUAAAAAAAAAGGCAUGUACUCAAAAAACGAGGCAAAAGGAUCUGAAAAUGAAGACAGUGCUGAAUCUGCAUUGAAAAGUGAGCUCAGCAUGCAAAACACAGCCAAUGAAAAUCAAAAGGAAUAUUUCUUCUGAUGUCAUUAGUGGUUUAAUCGAAUAUAAUAAUGUGACUGUCUGACUUUCUUGCUAAGCCAGGGGUUCUCACUGGACAGAAAAAGCUCUUGCACACUACACUAAAUGCAAUGGAUUUGAGACUUGCUGUACUCCAUAUGUUCAGUCUCAGUGAUUGCUGUAGGGGGCCUCUUUAAAUGACAUGCAUUCCUUAGCUAUUAUACCGUAAAUGCAUUUUAUGUAACAGUGACUUAGAUAUUGUAACCAACUUCAUCGGUGGUAGUUUCCGACUGUUCUGAUGUGACCUUCUACAACUGAAGUUUAAUGUACACACUUAAUAUGAUUUUUGAAUGGGAAAAUUGUCAUGAGGUUAUUCCUAUCCUUUUUCUUUAAAAUUUGAUUCAGAGGUUUUGUUCGAGGUAAAGGGUGGAUUCUAAUACUUUGUGUUACUAAAGAAAUUCUGCUGUGCUGCGUUGUGGUGAUCCCUCUUCCUUCCUCAAACAAAAAUGCCUUUUGAACUGCUGUUAGCUGGUGUCAGCAUCUGCUUGUGAGCCAUGGUAUUUGGUGUCCAAAACAAACUGUAUUUAUUUCCCCUGGGAUUUGACCGAUAUCAUCAUUAUCCCUUCUUUUUGGCAAGCUUAGCAGAACUGAAGGGUAUAAAAUGUGUUGAAAUGUCUUAAAAUCUUUUUGGCAACAGGUUUUCCAUUAUGGUCAAGUGAUGGCACCAAGAGACUCAUGCACAUUCUGGGCAUUUUAAAUAAAACUGGGGCAGGGGGGGAAGCAAAAUUUUUUCUUGGAAAGAUCAAGUAAUAAUCUAAAAAUAGUUAAAUUAGCAUGAGUAAAAACACAAAAAAGAGGAUCAAGGUUAUUGCCCCUGGAAAUCAAUAAUAUUGCUUCUGUCAGGAAGUAAUGCUCUGUGCACUGUCUGGGAUGUAUUCUCUUGAAAUGUUGUAUCUGUGACCUGAUCCAGACCUCAAGAAUAAGUAUUUCUAAAUUAUAGAAAUUAUACAGUGUCUGCUACAUGAAUACUUUUGUGCUUCACUCUUAACAGUACCUACUAUACCUUUUUGAGAUAAGGUCUGAUUAUACAAACUCAAAAUUAAACAGGUGCUUGCUGUCCUGACAGAGGAAAUGAAAGCUGUCCAUGAUAUUGUACAAACAAAUUGUUAAAUAUGAAGGCUACGUUUAAGUUGUCUAAACAGAAGAUUGUAAGGUCACUUUAGAUACCAUAGGAUAUCUGAAAUACCCAUGUGGCUGGACACGAAUGUCACAGAUUCUGCAGAAGUCAUGUCUUUUGAAAAGACACAUGCAGGAGUUGGGUAGAAGGCAUCAUAAAUGGCAUUAGAUACCAAUAUGUAGGUAACUGACCCACACACAAAACAUUUUUUGGUUUCCUCCAGUCAGAUGACCAGGUGCCUAGGGCUUGGGUCUGAGAAAACCAACAGGAAUUCUGUGACCUUGUAGACUUGAGUUUAAAAUUUAAGCAUCUUUCACAAUUGAUUUUUUUAUCUGCUUCCAUUGGAAGCAAUAAUAACAGUCUUCUCACUGGUCAUUUAGUGAGAAGAAUCAAAACUAGACCCUAGGUUGUGAAGUUUAGAAAAUAUUUAUCAUAGAUGUCCAAGAACAUUAUAAAGAUAUAGAAACCAGACAUGGUAUGCCAAAACCUUUAAUAUGUAGAUUUCUUUACAUAAAUGGUAAUUGUAAAUAUAAAUGUUCUGCAGAUCUUUUUGUUUAAAACCUAUUUUAUUCCAUCAGUCUUUACUUUCUAUGUUCAGAUUUCUACCUUUGCUUUCUACUUCCUCCUAUACAGGGGGAACAAUUCUUAGGAACAAUUUAUUUCCUUUUUGUUUUUGUUUUUUUUUGGGUGCCUGGAUACUCUUCAAUCAUAAAUUGUUAAAAUUAACAUGUAGUGCUUUCUUCUUCUCAUUUUUGCAAUUCUGUGUGCAUCUCUGAUGGAUUAAUCAGGUUGAGGAUCCAGAACUGUAUCCAUGUUGUGCAUAUAUUUAAUGUAUUCACUGAUACAGUUUGGUCCCUGACAAUAGGUCACUUUUAGAAAGGGUGGAACAUGAGGAGGGAAUAAUAUUGGACUAUUCCCCAUAAGUGAUAAGGCUGAAAAUACCCUGUUUGUGGAUGAGGAGUGGAAGAGGUGAAAGCCUCCCAUGAGCCAUGAGAAGAAGACUUUGAAUUGUUAAGUUUACUACUUUCAACCCUCUCACCUCUUUACUUUUAUUUUAAAAUUAUGACUCCUGCUUUUCAAGGGUCUGACCUAAAUUGCAUUAAAUUCAGGGGGAGCUCUUCCAUGGACUUCUCUGCAACCAAACCCUCUUCAUCUCAAGAGGUUUUCCCUUCCUGUUAUAAGUGUGUCAGUAUUCAACUUUUUAUAUCACUUAUCAACAAGUCCAUCGGCAGUGAUAAGUCCCAGUGAACUCCAUUUUUAUCACUGUGGGAUGGAGGAACCAUGAGGGACAAAAACUUGUAAGACGAUGUUGGUCACAGUACACCAAAGCAGAUAUUUUGAUUUAAUGAUAAAGACAGACUGUCUUUUAUCUUAACUCUCAUAUAAGAGUUGCUCAUACUAACCUAAUAAAGCCUAAAUGUUACCCACAACAGGACAAGAUGGAGGAAUGUAAACCUAAGUUUUCAAUCACUUUGUUUUACUUUUAUUGCCUUGUAAAGUUUUAUUGUAUGUCUUCAUGGAGAGAAAGGUCUCUUCCAUUACUUUGUUUUCUUCCAAAUGGAUAUUUUCUUUCUCUAUUGCUCAGAAUUUUUAAAAGCAACAGGAAGGGAAAAGCUGAGUAAAAUCUCUAUUUCACAGACUAGUUAAAAAAAGGGAGAGGGCAGUAUAAAUGAUUCUGUGAGUGGCACGUUAUUUCAUUCAAAGACUUCUUUUAAAGCAUUUUAUUGUACGAAGGAUGCUAAGAGGAAAAAGAUAAAUGGAUUUUGUUGAAUGCACAUCUAUCUGUAGAUUUGUAGCAUACAAAAAUUAUGUCUCUCUGAAGAUGCAAAUGCCCAUUUUCACCUGUAGGAACAGUGAUCAUGUAGUUGUCACCUUAAUCUAAAAUAUACAUGUUCGAAGUCAAUGAAGCAGCAUUUUUUCAUUUACUUGCUGCAUUUCUAUGGGGAUAAAAAAAAAAUGGUGGCACCGAAGUGCCCUAAAACGUCAUAAAACAUUGUGCUGUCCCUUUUUGGAUUCUCUAUUCCAAUGUGUGACUUUUCACCUCACUGUUAAUAAAGUCUUUUUAAAAUAAAGUGAGGAAAAUAUUUUUAAAAAGAAUUUGUAUUAAAGGUUUAAAACUGACGACGAUAUACUGAUUUUUUUUUUUAACAGUAAAAAUAUGUAGAAGU